GCGUUUAACAGGAAAUCAGAGGCUAUUGGCUAAACCUUGCGAAUAAAGAUGCUCAACUUGGGAGGGGAAGGGAAACUCCCGGGCCAGUCUUCGUGGGACCGGGAGCCUCCAGGCACGGCCAGGAGUCCCUUCCAGACUCUGACCCAGGACCUCACCAUGCCCACCCACUCCCCCGAAUCCAGUCUAGACGACUUUGAGUACGAUGAGUUUGCCGAAGCCUGCCACGUGGGGGACAUCGUGGCCUUUGGGUCUGUCUUCCUCUCCAUCGUCUACUCCCUGGUCUUUGCCUUUGGCCUGGUGGGAAAUCUGUUGGUGGUGUUUGCCCUCACCCACAGCCGGAAGCCCAAGAGCAUCACGGACAUUUACCUCCUGAACUUGGCCUUCUCUGACCUGCUCUUUGUCGCCACCUUGCCCUUCUGGACCCACUACCUGGUCAGUGAGCAGGGCUUCCACAACGCCGUGUGCAAACUCACCACCGCCUUCUUCUUCAUCGGCUUUUUCGGCGGCAUCUUCUUCAUCACCAUCAUCAGCAUUGACAGGUACCUGGCCAUUGUCCUGGCCGCCAACUCCAUGAACAGCCGGACGGUGCAGCACGGCGUGACCAUCAGCCUGGGGGUCUGGGCAGCUGCCAUCUUGGUGGCGGCACCCCAGUUCAUGUUCACGAAGCAAAACGGAAACGAGUGCCUCGGUCACUACCCAGAAGUCCUAGAGGAGGUCUGGCCUGUGCUCCGCCACGUGGAGACCAACCUCCUUGGCUUCCUGCUUCCUCUGCUCAUCAUGAGUUACUGUUACUUCCGGAUCAUUCGGACCCUGUGUUCCUGCAAGAAUCGCAAGAAAGCGAAAGCCAUCAAGCUGAUCCUUCUGGUGGUCGUCGUGUUCUUCCUCUUCUGGACGCCUUACAACGUUUUGAUUUUCUUAGAGACCCUCACCCUCUACGACUUCUUCCCCAGCUGCGACAUGAAGAGAGACCUGAGGUUGGCCCUCAGUGUGACCGAGAUGGUUGCCUUCAUCCACUGCUGCCUCAAUCCUUUGAUCUAUGCGUUCGCUGGGGAGAAGUUCAGAAGAUACCUUUCCCACCUGUACAGGAAAUUCAUGGCCGUCCUCUGCGGUCGCUCUGUCCACGCCAGCUUCUCCCUGCCGGAAUCACACCGGAACAGGACGGAGAGCAUCAUCAAUAGCAGCUUCACUCACUACACCAGUGACGGGGACGCCUCCAUCCUUCUCUGAGCUGCUCCACAGAAACCCUGCCACCCGCGAGCCUGACACCGAAUGCUGAGGGGGGGCCUGAUCUCCACUUGCAAGAAGUGACAGAAUCGGUGUCCCCCUCUGGAGGAACCCGAAAGUCAUUUUGAGGAUUUGGAUGAUGAAGGGUGGGCAGUGUCAGGGAUCUUUGCAAGUGACACACAUUUGACUUCGACUUGACUCAGCCUGGAAAGGGGCUGGGGAGGGAGGUGAGAAUUGCCCACCAUGUGGCUUGGACAAAAACGUGGUAGAAGCCUUAGAGUAUGUGGAAAUGUGGGCCUAAAACUAGCUAGAACCCUCUCUCCGGCUCUCAGAUCUGAGGAGAAACAGGACUCCUGGACUUGACAAAAAAAAAAAAAAUCAGCUUUGGCCAGAGACCGCUUUCUCUCUGCUCUCAAGGACAAAUCUCCCAGAGAGAAGCCUGGGGUGUCCACCCCCGGAUGGGGCAGUGGUAUCCACUGAGGCGGGGGCCGGGAGCAGCUUUCAUUCCCUCCUUGUUCGAGAGAUGCAGGAAGACUGAUUCUCAAGAGGCUGGAAGAAUGGGUGCUCUUUGGACCAGAGAGAACAGAACUGUUCACCCACUCUAUCGGAGUCCCACCCCGCCUCCCCCAGACCACACAGCCAGCACACACUGCCAGCUCCUCCUCACCACACCCUCUUCCAGCAUGUUCCUAACCCACAGAGUCUCCCCACCGCCCCCCACCCCAUCCCAGGGUCUAGCAUCAAGUGGGAACUCAGAGGCUUUCCAUUGUGGGGUCCCACCAGCAGAUUCUAGGAGGCUCCCUUCCCCCACCGCAUCAGCCAGAUCUUCUCACACAUCUAAUCAGACUCCCGAAUCGAGGGAAAUGAACAGAAGGAAGCCAGGCCAGAAGGGGUAAGCGGUGGCUCCCAGUCCCAGCUCUGUCACUGAGAGCUUGGUGCCCACCCAGUUUCAGUCUCCUGCUCUGGAGAAUUAUCUCUUCAUGAGCUGCAGAGAUAAUGGUACCUUCCACAUCAGAAGGAUCCUUUCCAGCUCAAGGAUCCAGCUACCGCUCACAGGGCUUCCAACCCUCUGAUCCGGAUCACAGACUUCAGCUUUCCCCUGGCAUAGCCCUUUGCCUAUGCAAUGUGGCUUAUCGAGUUUGGAGAAGCCAACGGGCUCUGUCUAGAAGGCUGCUUCUCAUGUUGACACUCAAUGAACACUCCGGGAAUAUAGACUGAGUGUCCUCCUGGUCCCAAUCCUCCCAGGAUAUUGCCUCUCAAUCACCUCAUGGCAAACUUCUGCCCAUCUGGGGGCCUGGAGAGAUAGUACAGUGGCUAUUGCCUUGCAUGGAACUGAUCCAAAUUCAAUCUCUGACAUUCCAUAUGGUCUCCCAGGCGCUGCCAGGAGUAAUUCCUGAGUAAUCCCUGAUCAUAGCCAGGUGUGGCCCAGCAAACAAAAACAAAACAUCUGGAGAGAACUGCCAGCCUAGAGAGAUAAGGUCACGAGAGCAGCCAAGGGCGUAAAAAGGUCUGGAGAAUACAGGGUCUUUGAGAUAGUAUAUCGGUAAGGUGAUUGUUCUGCCUAUGGCUGAUAAGGGUUCGAUCCCUGGCAUCCCAUAUCAUCCCCAAGCACUGCCAAGAGUAACUCUGGAGUACAGAGCCAGGAGUAACACCUGAGCAUUGUCAGGUGUGGCCCCCAAACAAAACAAAACAAAAAAGGAAGUCAGAAGAGCAGUGAAGGGCAUGAAAUAGUCUAAAACAUUAAAGCUUACAGGAAAAACAUUACUAAUGCUCAGGAUGCUGCCUCUCUAACCACAUUCCAUUGUCAGUUGUCCCUCCGACUUCUUCACAAUCUCAUAUUUGCAUUAGUAAUAUGCAGACAAUUUUGUAAUCUGCUUUCCACACGUACGCACCCCUUCUUAACACAGGCCAGAAAUAGCUCUCUGCUUUCAUAGACUUUCACAGUGAUCAGUUUCGAAGACUCUGCCAGGUUGUGCACACACGACAAGCAUCUGACUCAUUGCAGUGUCUCUGAUAUGUUCUUGGCAGUCUGCGUGUUUGCUAACUAAAUUAGAGAGUGAAUCACUUCCCAUCAGGAUCAUGUACUGUCAUUUACUCACCAUUGCUCUGUGGAUAAACAUUUCAUUUGUUUCCAAUACUUAGAAAAAUACUCAUUUACAGCACGUUUACCCUUGUAGUUUUCUUUCUUAUUUCCUUUGAAUAAAUUGAUUUCCCAGGAGA